AUGGAAGCCAAUCCGUUUAUGAUGGACCCGCCGCUGGGCCAGGACAGAUGGGAUGCUAGAAGCAGCGCUCCAACUCAGAUUAUUCUGGGUGCCUGUCUGUUCACGUUGGCGACAGUCGUUUACGGUCUAAGAAUAUUGACGAGAGUCCGUUUGCAGAAGAACGCUCUUCGUCUCGAUGACCUUCUUACCGGCGCUUCGCUGGUGGCAUGCUGGGCAUUCUAUGCUUGUACAAUGGGCAUGGUGGCUCAGGGUGGUUGUGCUACCAACUUUUGGCAGGUCAAGCAAUCUCAGUACGAGACGUUACUCAAGUGGACUAUCCCAGUCAACAUCUUCUACAUGCUCUCGUCCGAUCUCGCCAAGAUUUCCCUCCUAUUCUUCUACCUCCGCCUCUCGCCCGAACGGAACUUUCGAAUGAUCCUAUACGCAUUGAUCAGCCUCUUUGGUCUAUACGCCCUCAUCUACGCAAUGAUAAGUCUCUUUGGGUGCCAACCAAUCAAGGCUUCAUGGGAUCUUGCUGCACAAGCAACAGGAAAGUGCGUGGAUAAAUUCGGCUUUUUCCUGGCAGCUUCGGUAGCCAACGUCGUUAUGGAUCUGAUAAUACUGCUUCUUCCUUUGCGAAUCGUUAUCCCUCUUCAAAUUCCACGACGACAGAAGAUGUCACUGCUUUUUCUCUUUACCACUGGCGGCUUCGUUAUUAUUGUUGCCAUAUACAACUGUGUUCUCACUGUCAAGCUAUUCAGUAGCCUGAACUACACCUGGGGUCUAGCAUACGAGUUGUGCUGGAUGUAUGCGGAAUUGACAGGUUGUGUCAUUUGUGCCUCCGCCAGUUCUCUCAAGCCAUUCUUCAAACGCAUUCUACCGGCUCUGUUCAGCAGUCACGGCGCCAGCUACGGUCCAUCAGGUGCAACAGGUGGAUCUCAUGCCAUUGCCAAUAGCAGGAGGCAACUUAGCCGCAAGCAGGCGGAUGCAAUCGAGCUUCAAUCUGGAGAUGACUCCGAGUCGGGGCGAAAGGUCGUGGACGACGAUGAAACCAAACUCUGGCCCAAGCCCAAGGAAAGUUUUGACAACAGCAAUGGUAACCACAGGGUCUUGGUCUCUGCAACAGUUGAUAGUAACGAGAUGGGAAGAAGCAGCUCGAGGCUCCAGAGGAGGGGGAAACCAGAUGGUAUUGAGAUCGUUUCGACCACGGAGGUGCUGUACAGUCCGAGAUAA